AUGAGAAGUGAGAAGCCUUAUUCCUGUUCUGAGUGCGGGAAAUGUUUUUCACAGAAGUCCCAUCUUUACAGACAUCAGAGAUUUCACACGGGGGAGACUCCAUUUUUCUGUCCUGAGUGUGGGAAAUAUUUUGUAGAUAAAUCAAAGCUUGUCACUCAUCAAAUGUCUCAUACAGGGGAGAAACCAUUUUCCUGUCCUGAGUGUGGAAAAGGUUUCUCACAGAAGGCCAAUCUUUUCAGACAUCAGAGGUCUCACAUGGGGGAAAAGCCAUAUUCCUGUCCUGAGUGUGGAAAAUGUUUUUCAGGAAAGUCUUAUUUUUACAAACAUCAGAAAAGGCAUCAGAGAUUGCACACAGGCGAAAAGCCGCAUUCCUGUACUGAGUGUGGGAAAUGUUUUGUGCAAAAAUCAGAUCUUGUCACACAUCAGAGAUCACAUACGGGGGAGAAGCCGUAUUCCUGUCUUGAGUGCGGGAAAUGUUUUUCAGAUAAGUUCUGUCUUUCCAGACAUCAGAAAUCUCACAUGGGGGAGAAGCCACUUUCCUGUCCUGAGUGA